GUGUACGGUAUGCACAAUGGGCCAAUCUCUCUUCAGCAGCAGCAGCGCUUCACACUGCGCUCACAACGCAGCUCUGGCAAACGCUGGACAACAUCGCAUACAAGGAAUUGUUUGUUUGACCAAAUUCGGUGACCGGUUAGACGACAAUCCGAUGAAAACUAAGGAGCUCCGAAGGGUUCAGAAGAGCUGGCAGGACGAUUUUAAAGCGGGAAAGUGCGUUGGUAUAAGUGUACAUAAAGCGAGCAAAACUGUUACAAAUGAGCGUUCUUCCGGUGAGCACCGUGUGCCCAAAAACUUCAUACUUUUGAGACGGGAGACGGAUUUAAUCGAUGCGAGCUUUGGUUCCGUGCCGGGUUCCCAAAGCGGAGAGAGGGGAGGACUGCGAGAGAACCAUGAGUGUUGCGUGUCACGGUUGGACAUGGAAGGAGUUCCCGUGACUCCGGGCGAGAGUUCAGCAGAAAGUUCGGCGAUCCAGUGCGUGAACGCGCCGUGCUGUCGCGUAGAGAAGCUCACCAACUCUUUGGCGUUUAGUUGUUCGUCUCCGUUAGACAAAGACAUGACGCCCGGUAUCACUUCAGCCCCCAACGAGCUUAACACUUCAACAAGCCGGCGAUGUGACACGUUUACGCACAGAGAGGAGGAGGACCAACCUCUCUCCAGUCCCUUGGAGCAAACCACAAGCCCGUUUUCAGGAACCAUUCCUAAACUAAUAGUAACUCAUGAUGAUUUGGGUCCUAGCCAAGACAGUCCGCAUAUCAGUGAUUUAACGCUAAGCAUGGGGGGAUUUUCACUGGACUUGCAUCCCGAUGAGUACUCGCCCUGCUCGGACAGCGGCUGUGGGGGCUCUCCUGCUCCAUUUGUGUUCCACAGGAAGCUCUCCAGCUCUUCAUCAGCGGGAUUAUCUUCUGCCUCAUCGUUUGAAGAAUCGGAGGAUGAUGUUACUGGGAGUGACAUAGAGCCCACCAGUCUCUCCCCCAGUAUGUGCAACAUGUUUGGGAGCCCUGAUGAAUUGGGAGGGACCAAAUCGUGGAGGAAGUUGAAGACCAUGGUGCACUGCUCACCCUUUGUGGUUUCCUUUAAGAAACGAUAUCCCUGGGUUCAGCUCGCUGGACAUGCAGGUAACUUCCAGGCGGGCGAGUACGGUAAACUGUUGAAGAAGUAUUGUGAAUGUGAGCACGAGUCCCUUCAAAAGCUGAUGAAUGACAAGCUCAGGCCAUAUGUACCUGGUUACCACGGCGUUGUGCGGCAAAACGGCCAGGAUUACAAUUCAAUGGAUGAUCUGCUGGCAGAAUUCGAGUCUCCUUCAAUCAUGGAUUGCAAGAUGGGAAGCAGGACGUAUCUGGAGGAAGAACUGAUGAAGGCUCGCGAGCAUCCUCGCCUGAGAAAGGACAUGUAUGAGAAGAUGGUGGCCGUGGAUCCAGGAGCUCCCAGUCCAGAGGAGAGAGCCCAAAAGGCCAUUCUCAAGCCCCGAUACAUGCAGUGGAGAGAGACACUGAGCUCAACAGCCACCCUCGGCUUUCGCAUUGAGGGCAUCAAGAAAGCAGAUGGUACGUGUAACACCAGCUUUAAAAAAACAAAGCAUAAGGAGCAGGUGAUGAAGGCCUUGAAUGACUUUGUGGAUGGAAACACACAGUUAUUGAGGAGUUACCUGCAGAGACUGGAGGAAUUGCGCAACGUUCUGGAAGUGUCAGACUUCUUCAAGACUCAUGAGGUUGUUGGGAGUUCUUUGCUCUUUGUGCAUGAUGCUACAGGCCUGGCCCGGGUCUGGAUGAUUGACUUUGGUAAGACAGUCCAACUUCCACCGCCCAAAACCCUGGACCACCGCACACAUUGGGCAGAGGGAAACCGAGAGGAUGGAUACCUGUGGGGUCUGGACAAUCUGAUUCAGAUCUUUGGUGAUAUGCUGCAGGACGCUUCAUCUUCUCUGCCCUGAUGGAUAUGCUGAAUCUGCCUCAACCCUGAACAUCACGUGGAGGAACACGCUUGGCGAGGGAUCAUUAGCCCUGAGAGGAUGGUGCUCUUUGUGACAGCGCCGACGGGGGAAAUGCAAGAGAACCACAAAUGGGUAAAAAACUGGAACUGAUUUUGUUGCCCGGACUUUUGGAAUUCAGUGCGCGGAAACUCCGAAAUAGCCAAAAUACACUGAUACCAAGACUGUAAAAAGACUACUGAUGAUAAAAGACUGUGGCAUGUGUUUUUAAAGAGCACACAGGCACGUUUAUUCUUUAAAGAGUAUAUUUUAUGUUCACUUGUCCCAUUUUUUUUUUUACCUUAUGGUAUAUUGAUAACACUAUGAAACUGGAAAUGUGCUUUGCUUUUUUCCAUAAAUUUCUGUUUGGGUUCCCACGGUUCUGUAAAUAAUACUUAUUUAAUUGUGUUGAAAGUGCUUUUUAUAAGCUUUAUAUGCUUUUAAUUUUUAUUAUUGGUUUAUAACUAGAUAAUUUAGCUUCUGUUUCAAUUUAACUUUUUUCCUAUAAUCUUUAACAUGUUUGUAAUAAUAUCUAUCAAGAUUGUGAAUCAUAGAAACGUUUUUAUUUUUCGAUUCGGUCAAUUUUAGAUAGAUGACCGUUAAUUUACUGACAAAUUACUGUUAAAUACAUGCGUCAGGGUAGUCUUACUUUUUUCCGAAAUAUAAACACUAACUGCUUUUCCUUGACCGUGAGAAUGAGGAUUAUCGGAGGACUUCACCAAGAUUGUAUUUGGUCUAUUUAAUGACCAGAUAGCACAAUGUUAGUAUUCUUUAAACUAGCCAUAGUAACAAAGUUAGAUAACAAGCAUGAUCACAAGAAAUUUUAAAUAGUUUGGUCUAUUUGUGCACUCUUAGUUAACUUGUGUUUGUUUAGGUGACUUAUCAGUCUGCAGUUUUAUUUGUGCGUCGUUUCAAUCAUAUCGUUUCGUUUUUCGGGAUACGUGCAACUUGAGAAUAAUUGGGUUUGAGCUGAUAAGUCUCUUUAUCUGCACCAACAUUACCUGGUUUAUUUUUUCUUGUAUGACCUCUGACCUCAUUUCAUAGCAGGUGCUACCAUAGUUUCAGCUUAAUGUUUAUCACGGCAUAUAAGAAAUCUCAAUUCAUUUACGUCAGCAAACUUUUUUGUCACAGGCCGAUUCCUGAAACGUGCAAAUCUGGUGGAAAAUUUCUUUAUGUACAUAAGCAGCUAAGUGUCGUAGGCACUCAUGUGCAUUCGCACUAAUGCUGUGGUCAGUAAAAAGAAACCCUCAACACUUCCUGUUUGCUUAAGACCAAAAGCUGCAUUCUUAAACAUUUAAUUUUGAAAAUAAACAUCAUAAAAUAAUAUCCUCUAGCAGCAAAACCAUGUUAUUAAAGAUAACUCACCUAGAGAGUUUGAGUUAACUUUACUAUACCAUACAUACCUAAUGUUCUGCCCUUUUUCCCCCCAAUUUUUUUUAAGUUUGUUUGACUUGAGCAGGUCUGUGCGUGUCUGUUGGUUUGUCUGUCAACAUUCCAACACAACAUUCCAGUCUCUCAGUAUUUUUCCGGCUGUGGAAAUAGUUGACACUCUUUUCAAGAACAAUUGCCUUGUUUACAAAUUAUAUAAAGUAUUAAAAGGUUUUUUAAAGUGCAUGGUUUAUAUGGGAAAGAGAACUGGAUGGUACAUCGUUUUGGCUCAUUCAGUGCAAUUGAGAUAAAUGUUUAGUUGCAGGAGAGAUCUACUUUGUUUCUGUGCUCAGGUGUCAUUUAAUGUAUGUUUUUUUGAAAGCCAAUACAAUAAACUGGAUCUGUUUAUUA